AUGACAGGAUCUCGAAAAAUUGCUGAAGUUGGAACCGAGUUAGUAGCCAAGGUCGAGAAUGUCAAGUACCGAAUGGCAGGGAAGGGGAAAUCCCCUAUAGGAACUCUGUCUGCAUAUCAAAAUCGAGCUGAAUGGGUGCAGAACGAAGGUACCACUCCUGCACUGGUAAUUCCAUAUUCAAACAUAAAAAGUAAGAUGAAUAGUUCCUUUAAUUUACGGUUUGUUAGUCCAAAGGAUCUCUGCGCCCAACAAGGAUAAGGUCCAACUCCAAAUCUGCAUGAAUAAUGACGAUCAAGCUACUUUCGUCUUCAUGAAGGCUGGAUGUUCGAAAGAGCAGUUGACGGCCGAAAGAGAUUUGAUCAAAGAAACUAUCCAGACGGCUUUGCUCCGAUUUCGACAGAUUAGUCAAGCUGUGAGUGUUAAAACAAUAUUCAAUUCAUAACAAUUCUGGCCUACGAUAAUUCAAUUCUUGUUUAGAAAACCGUAAAAGCUGCUAAGAGUCAGAACGAUGCCUUGGAGGCAAAGAAAAAAGUACUUCUGGAGGAUCAAAGGCUUCAAAUGCUCUACCGACAUUUAGUUUCCACAAAAUUGAUUAGUGCCAAUGAAUUUUGGGGGUUGAAUAAGAUUCCACAGGCCUCGAAAGAUGAGUUGGGUAUUCCCAGUGGAUUCUUGAGUUCGAUCAGUCAGACCGAAGAAGGGAACGGGAUCAAAAUGAACUUAACCAUGGACACAAUCCAUGCCAUCUUCAAAACGUAUCCAAUCGGUUAGUAUAUUUUCAUUCUCUGAAUUGGUUUAGUUGAGAAAAAGCAUUUGGAAUUAGUCCCUCAUGCAAUGACGGAAUCCGAAUUUUGGGUGAAAUUCUUCCAAUCACAUUAUUUUCACAAAGAAAAAGAUAUGAAUGAAGAUCCGAAUGAUCCCUUCUUUGAAUGUGAUCGGAAUGAUGUCAGGGAAAUCAACGAGGAGAAGAACAAUGCGCAAUGUAAUCCAAUACUUGAUCUCAAUUACUUAUUAGAAGAUCUCGGAAUUGUGUCUGAAAUUGUAAGUAUGGAAAGAGCCGAUUUUAGUUUAAUCUAGAGACCUAAUAUGUCAGGGAAGAACGAUGAAGAUGAGGAAAUUGAUCGGCUGAUUAAGCGAUGUAAUUACCAUUCAGGAAGAUUGCUAACAGCGUUGUUGGGAAAUAAUAAAACCGCAUAUGAAGAUGUAAGGAGUACUAGGCGGGCCAAAAGGUCUUGACAUGUCUGCACACUGCGCCGUCGUGCAAGAAACUUGUCGCGCGACGGUAGGCAAAAUUCACGAUGCGCUGCGACCUCGCACGGUGCAAAAGGAUGUUCUUGAAAAGGAUAAGCAACGCACAGUGCGCUCUUCAUUUGCACCACGCCAAAUUUUUGUCGCGACGACACCUCGUCCCGCGAUAAAAAAAAUUAUGCGCCCGGACGGUGCAAAAACAUGUCAAGACUUUUUGGCCCGCCUAUAAGGUUGGAGUUAAAACAACCUUUUAGAAGGAUAAGAUGGAAGUCGAUGAGCCUCGGCAUGUGGAAUAUGAUCUUAAUCUUGAAAGUGAAGAUCUGGCAGAGAUCGAUGACGGUGAAAAUAUGGACGCUUUGGAUGUAAAUGUAAAAUCCAAUAUUUAUUCCAUUGGGCCUAGGGAACACAAUCCAGACGAUUCAAAAAGAUGGAAGAGUUUGAUGUUACGGCUUACAGAAGAGUCUACUUGUACCCCAGUAAGCGUUUUUGUCGUUUUCCUAACUGUGUUUAGGAGUUUGAGCCGGAAUUCUUUGACGAGAUUCUUAGCCGACCUUCAAAACACGAAAUUUAUGAACAAAAAGAAGAUUUCUAUGCAGGGUUGAAGAAACAGACGAUUCAAGAAUUGAAUACAUUAUACUCGGUCACAUGGGAGUUAUUGCGACAUUUCUGGAAUUGUAUGCCUCCUGUAAAUAAUGACAUGGAGACAAAAGUAAGUGGUGUUCUUAUGAAGGUGACCUUUUUAGUUGGAUCGGAUGAAUGAAACCCUGGCCAAGUUUGAAGGCACCUUCUUGAAAUUUUCCAAAGAACGAAUCGGAGCCAAGCAUGUUGAUCGUCUGUUCUUUAUGGUCCAGAGAGCCAAGGAUAAAUAUGAGGCAUAUCAGAAAAUGAAGAAAACACGGGGUAAAGGUAAUAUAAUCUUUGCUUAACUGUACAGAUUUAAAAAGACAAAUAAAUAUUAUGAACCAGAGCUAGAGUUAACGAUUCUACUGGAUCUCCUUUUAUUAUCUGAUAUCUUCAGAAAGGAUUACAUGUAUAAAAUAGAUGUUGCUAAGGACACGUCCAUGGUUUAUAACAAGAUCGUUUUCCAAAUCUAAAUCUGCCUCAGAAUGUUGCCAAGUUCAGAGAUUGAAACGAGUUAGAUCUCUAGCAGACGAGCGACCAGACCUUGACUUUGAUUACCUAUUAGAUCAUGAGAAUUUGAAUAGUAUCAAGAAGAAUAUAGAGAAUAGAAAGGGUAUUGGCGAUAUCGAUAAAGUCCAUCAUAUCUGGGAUACAAUACAACGUUUUGGAGAAAAGAAAAAAGGAUCGGCCGAAGAGUACUCAAAGUUAUGGCAUGAGGUAAUUUAAAGCAAUUUGCAAAUAUUUGUUUCAGUUUUAUACGGAGGCAUUAAAGAUACCUAAUCGAACUCAUCAAGACGCUCCAGUUGGUGGAGAAAGCGAUAAUAUUGUAGUUGAAACUGUUGGGAAAAGAAGAGAAGGAAGUGGUCUUUUUAUAGCGGAAGAUCUGGUCAGUGGAUGGAGAUCUGUGCACUAUCCUCGAGAAGCAGCCGGGAGCAGAGCUUAUGCUUUCAUCGGACCUUUGGCGAACAUUGAACAUGCCUUGUUGUCAUUUGCUGUGGAUACUGUAAGAGAAUUGAAGCCAGAUAUAAAGGUCAUGCAAGUUCCCGACCUCCUUCCCUUAACUUCAACUCAAGGAUGCGGAGUUCUUCCCAAAUCGGUCGAUGAUCAUACAUUACAGUAUCUGGUCGGUCAAGACCCUCAGAUUUGUUUGUCUGGCACUGCUGGUAUGUGUAGACUUUACAUUUUUACCUAGAACAUUUUCAGAGAUGGGAAUUGCGCAUUUGCUGAAAAACACAACUCUUACUGGACAAAAAUCUCAUUGGUUCUUGGCUAAAAGUCGGUGUUAUCGGCCUGAGGUUUCUCAUUCUGCCGCUGAAGCCAAACUGUACAGGGUUCACGAGUUUAACAAGGUGACUUGAGUAGCAGUAUUAUGACCCAUCUUUUAGGUGGAAAUGUUUGUUGUUUGUGAAUGGAAUGACAGUGAUAAAUGCCUGAAGGAGAUUGUGGAUAUACAGAAAGAAAUAUUUGGUAGAUUGGGCUUCCAUUAUAGGUAAGAUUAGAAGAUCUUUUUUUUUUUUAAAUUAAAUUUUAAGAUCAAAAUCAUUAUUUUAGAGUGUUGGAUAUGGCAAGCCAGGAGCUUGGUGCAGCGGCGGCCAGAAAGUUUGACAUCGAAGCCUGGAUGCCCGGAAGAAAGUAUUUUGGAGAAGUGAGCAGUGCCUCCAAUUGCUUCGAUUAUCAAUCCAGGAGGCUGGGGAUUAAAAUAAAGUCAUCUGAUGGAGAAAUAAAAUAUGCUCACACAUGUAAUGGGACUGCAAUAUCAUCGUCCAGAGCGCUGAUUACUGUUUUGGAAAGUCAUCAAGAGAAGGUCUGUACUUACUGUCUAACCGCGACCAUUGGGGUAGAUAAAAUAAUUUUUUUUUUCACUUUUUUGGCGAGAAAAAACCGUACUUCGCUAGCCCAUCCUCUAAACCUUCAUUUAUAUAGCCUCGUUCGACCUGACAUGCCCUCAUAAUCCACCCAUCCUCUGAAACUUAUGUAAGAUGUCGUUUUAUAACAAUUAAAAAUUUUUGGGGCUCCUGCAACUUGGGGUUCCAGGGCCAAUAAAGGGCGUGAAUUAAAAGCGACUACAAAUGGGUCUUUUUAACGAUAAGCUAGCGAAGUAUGAUUUUUUUUAAAGUUUAUUUUCCCCUAUCCCCAAUUGUCGUUCCCUUACUUUAACGAAUACGGGAGUAAUUUUAGGAUCGCAAAAGUUGGAAAUGCCCGGAGGCACUGCAGAAAUACAUGCCCUCUACAAGAGCUGCUCCUGUCUUCCUGAAAAAAGCGAGGAAAUUUACAUAUGACUUUACUGAUUAG